AUGCGACAGUCUCUACGGCGCAAGUCUUGCAGUGCUUGCGCACGCUCCAAGCGUCGCUGCAGCCUCAGUCUCCCCAGCUGCAGGCGCUGCGCAGCGAAAGGCGUGAAAUGCUCGUAUCCCACCUUCACGCCCGUGUCACCUUCGCUCCCAAGUGCCUCUGGUAGCCCGCUCCUCAGUGAUUCAAUUGACGAUGCUUUGCUUUCUCUUCAGAUGCCCUCUUUGAUCUCCACGACUGAAGCAUAUGGCAUGCAGCUCGACUCUGCGGAAUAUUCCCCCCAAUUAGCAGACGAUUUUACGGCGCGCGCAGAAUUCUUGGCUCAUUUGAUGUCGCUGCAGUCCGCGGCACUGGCUGAGAAGGGGUUCAAUGUAUUCGUCCACUCAUCACAGACUCUGGCGUCAGAUGCAUUACGCGACGCGUUAGCUGGGAGUGCUCUACACGUCGUGCGAAAUCCUUCUAACGCGCGCUUCGUCGAUUCUGAGAUUACAAGGCGCGCCUCGAGUAUUGUCACGGUCUUAUAUGCAGCGUCAAUAAGCGAUGAUACUGUCGACUUGCAAAUGCUUCCCUCGGUGCAGGCACUUCUUGUCUAUCAAUGUAUGCGACUCUUCUCACCAGGCAGUAUCAGCCAACAAACACAGGCGGAGCGCGAUAACAUUGUUCUUCAUAUUUGGGCAUCGCGAUUGCAAAUGUCAUUGGUUUGUGAUGAUGACCCUAUCGAGGCGAGCUGGGAGACUUGGGUUGAGCAAGAAGCAGUCCGUCGAACGCUCAUAUGCAUAGAGCUUGCCCAAGGCACCUACACUUACCUUCGAGGGAACUGGCCCAUAGGUGUCCGGUGUCAUCACGACCUAAGAUUUAAUGCACAGAAGGCUCUUUGGGAAGCCAAGUCGGCUGCAGAAUGGCAGCUUGUGUCUGCCGAUUUCGCGCGUCCCUCGCUGCCAUGCAACAUGCUUCGCUUACAUAAAGACAUCCGCGAUGCAAUGCCUGGUGACUUGGAUGAUCUAGGGGUUCUAUUGCGCGCUGCGGGUGAAGGGCUCUCGACCAUGAAUACCUGGCUUCGUCACGAUAGAGAAGCCUUACAGCGAUGGGGCCAGGUGGGUGCAUGA